AUGCACGAAGAAGAAUACAACGACUUGUACAAAAUCGCGGUCCUCGGCACAGUUCCGGAUUCCCGCUCCUGGUCCCAAAAAGUCAGUCAAAGAGUGUUGGAAUACGCCGCCGUGGCCACCGUAGUCGCGGUGCUCCAAUACGGGCUUUGCUCACAGGGCUUCUGCAAAAGCAUACCGGAUUACUGCAGCAACAUUCAGAGCUACUUGACCGGCAAUGGCUCCACCACUGGCGACAGCACCGCCGUGGCCCCGAUGGCCCACGGUUUGUACCAGGCGCAAACGACCGAGGCCCCGGGUCUUUUGCAGGGUCUGGUGGGCACCUUGACUACAGCCGCAAAAAACCUAGCUAGUAAUGUGGUGGCCAGUAAUUUCACAGAAACCCGUAACUUGACGGAGACCCGUAACAACUCAGCGUUGGAGACGUUGGUUAGAAAGUUGGCAGCGGCCAACAUGGUGGCGACGAGUGAACCCGCGGAAGCUGCGGGCAUCCCGCCUAGGUUUGCGGAGAUCUCGUUCGACAUGGCGUAUACAGCGUCUAAAGAGGUGAGGGGCGCUUUUAUGGAGGCAGUGAGCACGGUCUGCGAGAAGUGGAAUAUGGCUGCUGCGGACUUGGAGACGGUGUUGAGGAGAGUCCCCACUCAACCGAGUACAUUCAUGUGUCCCAAGCUUCCGACGAUGAGCUUCGCCGAGUUGAAUAGGCCUGGCCUGUUUGUGGACCCCGGGACUGGAUGGGACUUGCAGCGGUUGCGGGCGUCCUUUAGCAAGUGUGUGGACAUGGACUUCAACCCGGAGAAGACGGACAUCUGGCUUGGCGCUUUGGGGCCAGAGUGGGCGCCGCGCCACCGGACGUGCGGCCGCGCUAGCGAAGGCACCUUGAUGUGCCGCGGCUUGGGAGUAAGCAACCCACAGUGCUUUGACUUUCAUCCCGAAUGGGAGAACUAUCCGGGCGGCCUCGGUUUCUUGAUUGACAUGAUCGAUCGAAUCUUUCGUCCCAUGGGUGACGAGGACUGCGUUGUUCGUUGCGGUGGUUCUGACACCGGGGGAGAGCUUUGGCUCAAGAACGCCGAGGAACGAGACGCGGUCCGAAACGCUAUGAGCGGCCGCAUAAAUCUCGGCGAUGCGUGUACCCGGGAGGGACUUGAACACUUCGUGCAAGCCGCUCGGAAAAUGUACACACAGGCGGUGACGCGAAAGUACCCGCCCGACGUGCGCCACUACCACACGGAAGAUUGGCGACUUCUUAGCCGACUCUGGUUCAAAGCGCCGUGCGGCGCCGGCAUCUGGAAACCCGGCGAACCCUUGCCCACGUGCGCGUGUGCAAAAUUUAGCAUUUCUUGCGAGACUGACAACCACUUCAAGAUCUCCUACACCGCAAGAACGCCCGAAAUCGCAUUUGCCGCCCUCCCCCCCGGUCUCAAGCUCGAACGCUGCGUCUACCAGUGCCUCACUAAGAUCUAA